GAAGGCAGGGAGGCAGGCGCGGCUGUGCGCCCCGCGGAGCCCGCGACCCCUGCCCGCAGCCGGCUGCCCGGCCCGCCUGGCACCAUGCUGCCCGCGCGCUGCGCCCGCCUGCUCACGCCCCACUUGCUGCUCGUGUUGGUGCAGCUGUCCCCGGCUUGCGGCCACCGCACCACGGGCCCCAGGUUUCUCAUAAGUGACCGUGACCCUCAGUGCAACCUCCACUGCUCCAGGACUCAACCCAAACCCAUCUGUGCCUCUGACGGCAGGUCCUACGAGUCCAUGUGUGAGUACCAGCGAGCCAAGUGCAGAGACCCGACUCUGGGUGUGGUACAUCGAGGUAGAUGCAAAGACGCUGGCCAGAGCAAGUGUCGCCUGGAACGGGCUCAGGCCCUAGAGCAAGCCAAAAAGCCCCAGGAGGCGGUGUUCGUCCCGGAGUGCAGCGAGGAUGGCUCCUUUACCCAGGUGCAGUGCCAUACUUACACAGGGUACUGCUGGUGUGUCACCCCAGAUGGGAAGCCCAUCAGUGGCUCUUCAGUGCAGAAUAAAACUCCUGUAUGUUCAGGUUCAGUCACCGACAAGCCCCUGAGCCAGGGUAACUCAGGAAGGAAAGAUGACGGGUCUAAGCCGACACCCACGAUGGAGACUCAGCCGGUGUUCGACGGAGAUGAAAUCACAGCUCCCACUCUCUGGAUUAAGCACUUGGUAAUCAAGGACUCCAAACUGAACAACACCAAUGUAAGAAAUUCAGAGAAAGUCCACUCGUGUGACCAAGAGAGGCAGAGUGCCCUGGAAGAGGCACAGCAGAAUCCCCGGGAGGGCAUCGUCAUCCCGGAGUGCGCCCCUGGGGGGCUCUAUAAGCCAGUGCAGUGCCACCAGUCCACUGGCUACUGCUGGUGUGUGCUGGUGGACACGGGGCGCCCACUGCCUGGGACCUCCACACGCUACGUGACGCCCAGUUGUGAGAGCGACGCCAGGGCCAAGAGUGCGGAGGUGGAUGACCCCUUCAAGGACAGGGAGCUGCCAGGCUGCCCAGAAGAGAAGAAAAUGGAAUUUAUCACCAGCCUGCUGGAUGCCCUCACCACUGACAUGGUACAGGCCAUUAACUCAGCAGCACCCACUGGAGGCGGGAGGUUCUCGGAGCCAGACCCCAGCCACACCCUGGAGGAGCGAGUGGUGCACUGGUACUUCAGCCAGCUGGACAGCAACAGCAGCAGUGACAUUAACAAGCGAGAGAUGAAGCCUUUCAAGCGCUACGUGAAGAAGAAAGCCAAGCCCAAGAAAUGUGCCCGGCGUUUCACCGACUACUGUGACCUGAACAAGGACAAGGUCAUCUCACUGCCCGAGCUGAAGGGCUGCCUGGGUGUUAGCAAAGAAGGACGCCUCAUCUAAGGAGCAGAAAAGCAAAGGGCAGGUGGAGAGACCAGGGAGGCAAGAUGGAUCACCAGACACCUAACCCUUGACGUUGCCCACGGCCCAGCCACAUCCCAUGUAACAUAAGUGGUGCCUACCAUGUUUGCACUUUUAAUAACUCGCAUUUGUGUGUUUUCUUUUUGGUUUCAUUUUAAAACACCAUUAUCUAAUACCACAGUGGGAAAAGGAAAGGGAAGAAAGACUGGUUAUUCUCUCUCUUAUUGUAAGUUUUUGGAUCUGCUACUGACAACUUUUAGGUUUU